UGUGUCUUGGUUUUUGUUGAAGUUCCGGAAUAUACGUAUGAUGAUCAUACUUCAGAUGAUUCCAAGGUGACAGAAAAAGACACCGCAUUGCGUAUGGCUCUGUCUAAGAUUUCAGGGGAGUUUGGCAAAGAAUCAAUGCUUUCUUUGCAUCGAUUCUUUGGUGCUAGACGAGCCCCUGUAAUAUCAACCGGCUCGUUGAGGCUGGAUCAAGCUCUUGGUAUUGGUGGAUUACCGAAGGGAAGGAUGGUUGAAAUUUAUGGCCAAGAAGCAUCGGGGAAGACCACACUUGCGCUUCAUGUUAUUAAAGAGGCUCAAAAGCUUGGAGGUUACUGUGCAUAUCUUGAUGUGGAGAAUGCAAUGAGCCCUUCGCUUGCAGAAGCGAUAGGUGUAAACAUAGACAAUCUCCUUAUUUCACAGCCAGAUUCUGCCGAGAAUUUGCUAAGUGUGGUGGAUACCUUGACAAAAAGUGGAUCGAUUUCCGUAAUUGUUGUUGACAGUGUAGCUGCACUUGUUCCUCAAAUUGAAGUUGAUGAAUUACAAUGUGGUUCCUCAAGCACAAGUGGCCAACAAUCGAGAAUAAUGACACAAGCACUACGAAAAAUACAUUAUUCCCUAUGCAAUUCCAGUACUCUUAUUAUUUUUAUCAACCAGGUAAGAAAUAAUUUGAAAUUAGUCGAAGGCUCUGUUCGUGCGGAUGAAGUAACCUGUGGUGGAAACGCCUUGAAGUUUUACGCUGCCGUACGGAUGCGAAUCAGCAGAAAAAAGUUGCUCAAGAGAGAUGACAUGGCAACAGGUCUAGAUAUUUCUGUGCAAGUUGUUAAAAACAAACUAGCCCCUUCGAUGGCAAAAGCGGAAUUAAGUUUAAUAUUUGGGAAAGGAAUAUGGCGAGAAACAGAGGCGUUAGAUUUGGCUUGUGAGCAUGGUGUAAUAGUGAAAGACGGGUGUCACUAUUUCAUUGGAGGGAAAAUCUUGCACAGUCGAGAAGAAGUUUUAAGGUAUCUUUCGAAGAAGGAAGGUGCUUUGGACAAUAUAGUCAAAACUUUGAGGUGUCAUUUGUUUGAGGGACAAAUGAUCUGAGGACGUCGUAAAUUAUCGUCUGUAAAUACUGAGGUGUUCGUUUUUUAAACUACGGAUGAAAUUGUUUCUACUAUAUUAUAUUGAUCUUCUGCAGAUUGAAAAUAAAGUUCAAAUUGAGAGAUUCUGUUGUAAUAGUCAAACAUUUUCAUUGUGUACUUCGUUAUAUGACAUUCUUUUUUAAUCUUAUAAUUCAGCAGUUUUUUUUUUCU